GCGGGGGGCGUCAGUGAUUACCUGAAGUGAUUUGUCUAUCAGAAGCGAAGUUAGACAGUGUUUAGAGCUGAAGUAAGCAGUGUAUUACUCAUGUACAAAGAUGACAGAAGAACUGAGAAAACGGUUUGAGUUUCCCAAUUCUCUCAUCCAGUCACAGGCAGCUGGUCACCUAAUUGCAGCUGUAUUGAAAGAGAAGGGCUCUUCCGACAAGAUUAUUCAGUCUUCAAAUCAGACUCCUGCGUUAAAUUUGUUGUGGGAGAAGUGCAGCAGCGAUAAUGUGGUUGUGCGGACAGUGUGUUGUGAGGCUUUGGUGGCUCUUGUUGUACAGCAGCAUGCCGAUUUUGGUUAUAUCCUCAAUGGUAUUCUCAACUUAAUUCCCUCUGCCAGUGAUGUACAGGGACUGGUUAAAGCACUAAUGAAGUUACUGCAGCUGCUUGCUGUACAGAUGGAAGAAGAGUCCAAGUUGUCCCAGAGCCCAUAUUCUGUAAGGAGCCCUCCUCAUCCAUUAAUCACUGUGCUGGAGAACAGACCUCAGUGCUGGCCAGUUAUUCUGCAGCAGAUUUCUGCAUUUUUCCAACAUUGUCCAGAAAGGGCUGAACGUGCAAGUGUCCUUGUAAUGUUGCCAUUUCUCAGGUACCUGUAUUGUGAGCCAUCGCAUUUGCAAGAGUAUGCUCAGUUGCGUAUAAGCUUGUUGAAAGUUCUGCUUCAGCUUCAAGCUCAGGAAAAAGAACCCUCUGUACUGGAAAUGCACAUCUUCCGACUGUUUCUGGAUCUGAUUCCAUACUUGCAGCUGAAUGAUUUAACACAAGUUACUGAAGCUACUCUGUUUGUUGAAGAAUUGUGCUCUGGACUCCUUCGUCAUGUGAACUUUUGGAAGACAGAGUUAUGUCAGUUAUCUUUGCAGCUUUUGUGCAUUAGUGAAGUCAUCUUGAAAACUACUGGAGAAUGCUCUUCCUUGAUCCAACUAAGUGAACAGAUUGUCGAUAAUCUCCAACAGGACUUUCCAUGUGAUCAGGUAGUCAUCGGUCUAUGCGCACUAUUACUUCAGGCCCCAGCUAGUCAGCAGAAACCCAUGCUACGUUUUGCUUCUAAGAUAGUAUCCUGUUCAGGAUCCAAAACGUUGCUGGUCCUUGUAAUGCCAUUACUCCAGAUUGUGUCUUCUGCAUCAGUUAUGGACUGUUUAUCUGAAGGAGAAGCCGGUGUCUCUAGCCAUGAGCUUGCAGUAAAUCUUUUGCGGAUGGUACAGAGUAAAGUUCUAAAAGAACAGAAGUCUUCGGCAAAGCUUCAGCUUCCUGUUACCACAUGGUGGAGCAGUGUGUUUGCUACAUGGCGGAUCUUGUGUACCUUCCAGGAGAACAACAGUACUGUAGGUGAUUGGCUGUCUUCUGUCAGAACUGCACUGAGUUUGAGCACCAAAGUCUCAGAACAUUUUGCGGUCCUUAUUGCAUACCUUAUUAUAAAUGAAGAUGGUGAGCAGCUUCGUCAAGCUCUUAGUGUUGCUACUGAACUAGCAAAAGCAGAUUCUUCUCAGGUUCCAAAUCUAGUCCCUGUUCUAAUGUUUAAACUGGGCAAACCCAUGGACCCUACUUUGUGCCAAGCUGUUUUGUACACGCUUCCUGCCCUGGGAACACACAAGGUUUGUGUUGCUCAGAUUCUCCGUGCCUUACAGUUUCUUGGGAGUAAACCAAAGCUGAGAGGCACCGUACUGCGCCUUAUCACAUCCCUCUGGGAAAAACAGGACCGCGUUUACCCAGAGUUGCAAAGGUUUAUGGGUAUGUUGGAUGCACCAUCUUUGUCUGUAGGAAAAGAUGACCAGUGGGAGCAGAUGAUAGCAAAGGCAGCUUCUAUGAGAGAUAUAUGUAGGCAAAGAUCUUAUCAGCAUGGUGCAGAUAUGCUUGCUGCUGUGUCACAAGUACUGAGUGAAUGCACAAGGCCUGAUCAUGUUACACCUGCUGUCCUUGCACUUCAGGGACUUCAUGCUCUCUGCCAGGCUGAGGUUGUUGAUAUAAGGUCUACAUGGAAUGCAUUGUGCCCAAAGUUGAGCUGUGACACUCGACCUCUUUUACUAAAAGCUCUGAAUGAGUUUUUUGCACUAGUUCCAUCACUAGAAGUGAAAAGUACAGAUUAUGAGAAAUUCCGACUUCAAAUUGUCAGCCUUCUAUGGAAUCAUGCUCAGAGUAAGGAUGCCGUUGUAGCAGCUUCUGCUUUCAAAGCUCUCUCUGAAUUUCGGUCUGAUGAACACACAAUCCUUCAUCUUCCUGAGCAGGCCAGGCCCGAACGAAAGGCAGUAGAUGAUGAGGAGAUGGAAAUGAAUGAAGCAGAUGAUGAGCAAAAAGAGGAAGACCUUUCUGUUCCUGGAACUUCUUACAUCAAAUUGCUGUCUAUGAUAUCCCCUGCAGUCUAUACCGCCUUUGAAGAGUUUCUGACAUCACUUGUGAAGCAGGAAAUGGCUAAGAUGCCACGUGGGAUAUAUCAUUCUGCACUUAGAAGUGGAGCAGUGCGUUCAGACCAAGGAAAGACAGUAUCUGGGAUUCCGCGUUUUAUGCUGAAAAUGUAUGAGAAGAAUAAGCAGCCAGGGCUCAAACCUGGAUUAGCAGCUGGCAUGCUCCUCUCUUUUGAGCAUCCUAUUCAGACUGAUAGAGAGGGACGACCCAUAACUCGGUUCCUCGUUACCCGGGGGCGCAAUUAUCAGCAGAUGGUAUCAGCUCUUAUACAUGAGGUUCAGAUACAGCCUUCUGAAUGGCAUAGAGCAAUGGUAUUGCCACAUGCCUGGCAUUCAUUUAUGGGUAGAGCAUACAAUGCUGCACUCCAGGGACAGCAUGCCGAUCUAGAGAUGCUGUUGAAACGUUCGAAAGAGGAUCCUCAGGAGAUUCAGUACAAGAAGUUCACUGCCUGGCUUUGGGUCAGGGAUGCUCUAACUGAUCUUGUCCAAUCAUCUUCAAAAGACAGCCCUGGCAUACAGGGGAACUGUAUUUUGGCAUUGACUGGACUUGCAGUUACUGUGGCCAAACAUGAAAGCAGCCUGCCAUCAGAGACUGAAGGAGAACACCAGAUGGGAGACGAGUUUCUGCCUACAAGAUAUUGGAUUUCAAUGGUACUGGAUACACUACUGAGCAUAAUUGACAGCCGCUACCGUCCAAAAGGCCGUGUUUUUCCAUGGUUUCGACAUGUAUGUUAUCAGAAUUACAGCACAGAUCAAACUAUUGUAGGUUUGAUGAUGCUGUCAAAUUUAAGUGCAUCAUGUGCUAGAACAAGUGAGCCAGUAAUAUCAGAUACUGUCAUUGUUACAACAGAAAAUGAGGUAGAAAGCACUGGUUUUACAACAGUGAUUGCAGAUGAUGACAGUGAGUCUUUGCAGCAGAUAUGUUUACUUUGUGAGUUUGUUUGGAAGUUCAGUGCAGUGACUGAUGAUGAAGCACAUGCUACAACUGAGCAGUUUUGUCAAAAGUACAGUGAUGUUGCAGGGCAAAAGAUAAAUCUCCUCCUAAUGAAGACCCUAGAUGCACUGGAAGAUUGUUGUUUUGACAGCAGUUUGGAAUACAAUACAGGAUGUAUAUUGGGAGUUGGACUGGUCCUUUCAGUAAUGAGCCAAAGUAGUCAGACAGAAUCUCGAGCACAUGUAUCAUCUACACUCCGGAAGCUGUGCAGUAGCUUGGAGGAAAGCACCUAUCAAAGUCGAAUGGUGCAAGAGGUUUUGGCUUAUACAGUUGCUUGUGUCAGUGUGUGCGCAUUCAAUGCCACCAUCAUUCAAGCUUCGGAAGCUGAGGAAAUCAUGAACAAUGUACGGAACUUGACAGAGCAGAACCAGCAGACCACAGGCUUUGCAGUUGCCCUAGGAAUUAUUGUUCAUGGAUUCUUGGUUUGUGGACAUGGAAAGGCUGAAGACCUGAGUAACCGAUUACUCCCUGCUUGGAUAAAAAUCUUGCUAGCAGAGGGUUGCCCCACCAUGCAGCGACUUGCUGCUGUUAAUGGACUUUGUGCAUUGGUUGGCUCAGAAGACCCUCUGAUACAGCUAAAAUCUGAUGUUAUGCAGUCAACACAGUUUCAGAACAAACUGAAUGAAGUCAUUCGAUCAAUUACUCAGGUCAUCAGCUUUUCUGGUGUGAUCGGUCUGCAGUCUAAUGCAGCAUACCUUCUUGGGCACCUUCAUCUGGGCAGUAUGUCUUCAAGCCAAAGCAGAACAUCUGUUCCACCAGACUUUGGCUAUCUGCCUGAAAUCAGUUUUAUAAGAGCUGCUGGGGACUACGUUAUUGAAGCAGGCAAGAAAGGCCCUGAGUCAGUAUCUCUACGUUUAAUGAAGGUGGUUAUGGGUCCAUUAGCUGAAGUUGGAAACAGUUACCAAUACCCCCCAAUAAACUGGGCAGCAGUUCUCUCACCACUCAUGAGACUAAAUUUUGGGGUGGAUGUACAGCAACAAUGUAUAGAGCUGGCUGUUUCCCAGGCUCAGUCUGCACAGAGCACAGCAUUAUUCCUGGGGAUGUGGUUGAGUCCGCCACUUGUGAACAAUCUGAGUCCUAAAACAAAAAAGUACCUUUUUACUUCAUUGCCAGUGUGGAUAAAACAUGCACCAGAAGAUAAACUACAGAGUUUCAUUGAAACAUUUGCAGUACAGUUCUUUACAGCAGAAAAGUCAAGAAAUGUUGAGCUUUGCCUGGCAAUUCUGGAGGGACUUGGCCAAGCCAUGAAACUCCCCAGCCCUGCUCAGCAUAGUUGGGGUGUUCUCUGCAGAACCACAGAGAAGAUAUUUGAGAUCUUACCAAACAAAGUGCAGCAAGAAGAAGCAGAACUCUAUUUUGAAAUAUCAAAAUGUCUUUCAGAGGUAUCGGAUACUGAAAUUGACCGGAUAACUGUGGUUUCCAAGGAGAAUGUUGAAAAAGCCACCCUUGUUAGGGCAUACUUGGUUUCACAAGGUCGAGUGCCUUUCCUUGGUCUGAAUGAUGUCCUUAAUGUUACAGUGGGCUACAGUCAGAAGGAAGCUGUGAGCUGGAUGCUGCUUCAAAGCUUCUUCCAGGCACGUCUCGUCACCCAUCCAAACACAGGAGUGCUUACUAGAGUAGAAUGGCUUUUGGAACUAAUGGGCCAUAUUAGAAACAUUGCAUAUGGAUCAACACCUGUUUCAAAUGCAAGCAUAAAAGAGGCUGCAGAUUUUCUACUUCUGAUCUUUGCAGCUGCUGUGGCUUCUUGGGCUGACUUUAGUAUACCUUUGCUUCUUGGUGUCAGUGCAAAUUGGUUGCCAUGGAAACAACAAAAUGCUCUUUUAAGUAGCCAUGGAGCUUUCCUAGGACAUCGCCUAUUGGAUGUAGUAUCUGUGCAUGAAUGUUUAUCACUUCUUCCACAAAGCAUUCAGCUACUAUUGGCAAAAGAGCCCUGGAAAGAACAAACACAGAAGUUUAUUGACUGGUUAUUUACUUUACUAGAAAGUCCAAAAAAAGCUCUGACUUCCAGCUCUAGAAACACUGUUAAAGCUACUCUUCUAGCACUAAAGUUUCUUCCUGAAUUUAAGAAAAAGGCAGUAUGGACAAGAGCAUAUGGUUGGUAGAAAGGUGUCCAUUGACAGAAGUGCUGGGCAAUACAACAGAAUGCAUUUAAAGCUUAUUCCAGAGAAGUAUUUCUUUCCCUUGACUCUGAAAAUGCACUAAGUGGAAGCAAGUGCUGCAGUGUUAUUGGCUUAAGGACUGAACAAAUUACUCCAAAUUCACAAAAAAAUAGUAUGCACGUUGCUUAUUACUGUAUAUUAGAAAACUGACAAAGUUAUGUCAAAACAUGACAGGAUGAAGUAUGGUAUUGUUCCCAGAUCAGUUAUCCUUUAUGUGGAUAAUGAUUUAAAUGAUGUGGAAAUUGUCAGACUUCAGACACAGAUAAGUACAGGAAGCAGUGCCUGCAUUCUGUAUGUGAACUUGAAACUGUACACCUUUUUGAAUGUCAAACAUUCAGCCUAAUUUUUGAACAAUAUAUGCACACAAUAAAAUGCAAACUAGUGAAAAAAUGGUA